UGACGUCAACUAGCGUAUGCGAAGCAUCCGCCUACAGUGACCUUCAACAACGCGGCAACCAGAGGACGGUGUACAUAUUUGGGGGUUUGUGUCAGUAUAUACCCAAAUGGGUGGGCUGAAGAAUAUCUUAGAACCAGCUGCCAUUGUUACCGCCUUCACCGCAGGAACACUCAUCAAUCGGCGCAAGACCGCUAAGCCCCUAGGUAUACCAGAUGUCGAGUCGCCAUUGCUGGAGGCGCCUCCAGAUCUGAAGCCAAGCGAUGGGGUCGCAGACGAGCGCAUGAUCCGUAAUCGUCGAACCAUACAAUCGCGGAUUCUCGCCAAGUUUCCCUUCUUGCUAGAAAUAUGGUAUUGGCUGCUCACAUAUUGGGUCUACCAAGGUUUACGGGCGUUUUCUGCUAGAAUGAUUAGUGGGCAUGAAGCUAUUUUCGACACCGCUGAGCAUCACGCCCUUUCCAUCCUCUUUUUUGAGCACCUCCUCCACCUGGAUAUUGAGCUGUCUGUGCAGAAGUAUAUCCUUGGCCAGAAGCCUUGGCUAAUGGCAUUGCUGGCAAGGGUAUAUUACUCGCACAUUGUUCUUGGGGUGGUAUUUGUCGUCUAUUGCUAUACUUUCAUGCAACGGGACAAGUAUCAAGCAAUCCGACGCACUCUGGCAUUUGAGAACGUCAUUGCGUUCACAAUCCUUACCUUAUGGAGGUGUAUGCCCCCUCGUCUGCUGCCAGAGGAGUAUGGUUUCGUCGAUGUCCUGCACAGCAAUACAGGCGGUUCAGCCUGGACGCAGAACAAGUUCCAACUUACAAUUGCAGCGAUGCCUUCGCUCCAUUUUGGAAACUCGAUGCUCAUUGCGCUCUGCUUAAUCAAGUUCAGCCCCCACUGGUACCUUCGAGCUGUCGCACCCCUGUGGCCAAUGCUGAUGGGACUUACUAUCGUUGCGACAGCCAACCAUUUCAUCUUGGAUGCGGUUGUUGGGGCGUGUGUGACCCUCACGGCGUUCAGAUUCAACUAUAUCAUGUUGUAUCUUCUUCCCGUGGAGAGGGCACUGUUCAGGCUGCUGCGCUUAGAGAAACCCUAGCCGAUUAGAGGUCCCUAGAACACCGGUAUAUAAGAGCGGUUGUGCACAACCCUCCCUU